GCAAGAAUAAAUAAUAUUCAUUAUUUAAUUUGUGUUUAAAUUUUCGAAGAAGUUUCACCGUAAUGUCGGAUUCUGAUAUCGAACAAGCUGCGGUCCGCAAUCUGCAGGAUUAUCUUCGGAUAAGAAGCGUUCAACCGAAUAUUAAUUACGAUGAAUGUAUCACGUAUCUUCGAAACCAAGCGGCGACUUUGGGUCUGCCAGUGCAAGUCUACGAGGUGGUACCCAAGAAGCCAGUUCUGGUGAUGACAUGGGAAGGACAGGAGCCAGGCCUGCCCAGUAUACUUCUCAACUCGCAUAUGGAUGUCGUUCCAGUGUUUGAAAAAAGCUGGACAUACCCACCAUUUGAAGCCAAGAUAGAAGACGGUGUAGUCUAUGGUCGAGGGGUGCAAGACAUGAAGUCCGUGGCCAUACAGUAUUUGGAGACUAUUCGAAGGCUAAAGAACAAAGGAAUAUCGCUCAAACGGACUAUACAUUUGUCCUUUGUACCAGACGAAGAAAUCGGUGGGGCCAACGGUAUGGGCAAGUUUGUCGAAUCGGAACAUUACAAGAAAUUAAAUGUUGGUUUCGCGCUUGAUGAGGGUAUCGCAAGUCCUACCGAUGACUAUAUUGUUUUCAACGCGGAGAGGUCUAUUUGGCAUGUUAAAGUGAUUUGCCCCGGGAAGUCAGGCCACGGCUCUCUGCUGCUCCCGGAUAAUUGUGGCGAGAAGAUGCGUUACAUUAUCGACAAGUUUAUGGACUUGCGUCAGGAGUCGAAGAAGAAACUAGAAGAUAAUGCGCAGCUGACUAUAGGAGAUGUCACAACUGUGAAUUUGACCAUGCUUGAGGGCGGCAUCCAGAACAAUGUUGUACCAGAAAAAUUGUCAGCAAGUUUCGAUAUACGACUGGCUUUGUCCGUCGACUUUACCGAAUUUGAAAACAUGAUAAAAAAUUGGUGCAAGGAAGCUGGAGCUAACGUAACAUAUGAGUUUGAGCAGAAAGAUGAUUAUGUUCCACCAACACCAACAAACGACUCUAAUCCUUACUGGACAGCAUUCAAGACUACGAUAGAAAAACUUAAAAUACCACUACAACUUCGCACGUUCCCUGGUGGUACGGAUUCCCGUUACGUACGUAAAGCUGGCGCACCUGCUCUAGGAUUCUCACCGAUUCGCCGGACGCCACCCGGUCUACACGAACACAACGAAUGUCUACAAGUCUCAGUAUUUCUUGAGGGCAUUCGAAGCUAUGAGGAAAUUAUCCCAGCAGUGGCAAAUUCUUAAAAAUGAUAUCUGUUUCGUAAAUAAAUGUCAUUAAAAUAUAA